AUCUCAGAGGAAAAUGUCUAUACCACGCUUUCCAGUCCAUUUCAUUUUCAUUUUGUAUUUAAUCGCUGUUCAUUUUAGUUUCAUUCGUGUGGCUCUACCAUGAACAUUUAUGAAUUUAACGUCCCUUUUACAGAGUUGUCAGAGUGGACCGGAUGUUACAUAUUCCAGAGCGGAAGCAAAAUUGGGCAGCGUUCUGUCGGCCAUUUUUGUUGUUAGCUGCCCGAAACGUUCUGUUCCUUUUACCCUUAAGAUAUUUUUUCAAGUUUUUAAGCGACCCACACCGCAGGGGCACCCCUUGCAGACAUGUCGGACUUCAUCGAGAGCGAGGCGGAGGAGUCUGAGGAGGAGUUUGAGGAGAAGGAUCUGAAGCCCAAGAAGACUCAGAGGUUUAUGGAAGAUGAUGAUGACGAAGAAGAAGAGGAGAACACAGAGGAUCAGGAUGAACAUGGGAACCUGAGAGGACUUAUCGAUGAUGACAGCGUGGAGGAGGAGGAGGAGGAGAAUAGAAGCGCAGUAGCUGACAGCGAUUCUGGAGAGGAGGUCCGACAUCGUCGCCGGAAGCGCGAUUAUGAUGACCUUCUGGAUGAUGAUGAUCUGGACCUUAUUGAAGAGAACUUGGGGGUUAAAAUGAAGAGGAAAAAGAAGUACUCGCGUGUGAGAACGAUGGAUGAUGAUGGUGAAGACGAUGAGAAAGACCAGAUUGCAGAUGAGAUCUUUACCAGGGAUGGUGAUGGAGAAGGGGACGAACUUGGAGAAGGUGGAGAAGCGCUGCACCCAGGGGAUGAUGAAGAGGAAGAAGAGGGAGAGGAAUCAGACAUAGAUGAUUUCAUUGUGGAUGAUGAUGGACAGCCCAUCACCAAAAAGAAGGGAAAGAAGUUUACUGGCUAUACUGAUGCUGCCUUACAAGAGGCCCAAGAAAUUUUUGGUGGUGACUUUGACUUUGCUGAGUUUGACCCCGAGGCAUACGAUCAUGCUGAGGAGGAAGAAGAGGAUCAGGAUGAUGAAGCAUGGGAUCGACCAAAGAAGCAGACAAAGAGGAGAGUGGGCCGCCGCAGCAUCUUCGAAAUCUACGAGCCCAGCGAGUUGGAGAGCAGCCACAUGACUGAUCAAGACAAUGAAAUACGUUCCACAGAUAUGCCUGAGAGGUUCCAGUUGCGCACUAUACCUGUGAAGCCUGCUGAGGAUGAUGAACUAGAGGAAGAGGCUGAAUGGAUCUACAGAAAUGCUUUCUCUACACCCACUAUAUCCAUGCAGGAGAGCACAGACUACCUGGACCGUGGAACCACCACUAACUUUAGCAGGAGAGGCCCCAGUACCAUUGCUAAGAUCAAGGAGGCGCUCAACUUUAUGAGGAACCAGCACUUUGAGGUUCCCUUUAUUGCUUUCUACAGGAAGGAAUAUGUGGAACCAGAGCUCAACAUUAAUGAUCUGUGGAAGGUGUGGCAGUGGGAUGAGAAGUGGACCCAGUUGAGGACACGUAAGCAGAACCUAACCCGACUUUUCCAGAGAAUGCAGUCAUAUCAGUUUGAACAGAUCUCCGCUGACCCUGAUAAGCCACUGGCUGAUGCUAUUCGUCCACUGGACACGGCUGACAUGGAAAGACUAAAAGACGUCCAGUCUAUAGAAGAGCUGAGUGACGUGUACAACCACUUUUUGCUCUAUUAUGGACGAGACAUUCCCAGGAUGCAGAAUGCGGCCAAAGUAACCAAGAAAAAACUGAAGAAGAUCAAGGAAGUGUCAGAGGAAGAUGGUGAGGAAGCUGAGGUGGAAGAGGAGGAGGAAGAGGAAGAGGAGCAGAAAGGGCCGGAUCUGAAGCAAGCCUCUCGUAGAGACAUGUACAGCAUCUGCCAGGCUGCAGGACUUGAUGGACUGGCCAAGAAGUUUGGUCUCACUCCUGAGCAGUUUGGUGAAAACCUGCGUGAUAGUUACCAGCGACACGAGACUGAGCAGUUCCCUGCAGAGCCAUUGGAGCUGGCCAAGGACUAUGUAUGCAGCCAGUUUAACACACCAGAAACCGUUCUUGAGGGCACACGCUACAUGGUGGCCAUGCAAAUUGCCCGUGAACCUCUGGUCAGACAUGUCCUGAGACAAACUUUCCAGGAAAGGGCCAAGAUCAACAUCAAGCCCACUAAGAAGGGCAAGAAGGAUGUAGAUGAGGCACACUAUGCAUAUUCCUUCAAAUACUUAAAGAACAAGGCUGUGAAAGAGCUAAGUGGAGAUCAGUUUUUGAAGAUGUGCUUGGCAGAAGACGAGGGACUACUCACUAUAGACAUCAGCAUUGACUUGGUUGGAGUUAAAGGCUAUGGAGGUGAUCAGACCUACUUUGAUGAGAUAAAGCAGUUCUACUACAGAGAUGAAUUCAGUCACCAGGUGCAAGAGUGGAAUAAACAGAGAACACUGGCCAUCGAACGUGCCCUCCAGCAGUUCCUUUAUCCUCAGAUGGCCAAGGAGCUGAAGAAUAAACUUGUUGCAGAGGCCAAGGAAAAUAUCAUCAAGUCAUGCUGCAGGAAAUUGUAUAACUGGCUGAAGGUGGCUCCAUAUAGACCAGACCAGCAGGUGGAGGAGGAUGAUGACCUAAUGGAUGACGCUCAAGGAAAAGGCAUCCGCGUCUUGGGAGUGGCCUUUGCUUCUGGCAGAGACACGCCUGUAUUCUGUGCUCUGAUCAACGGUGAAGGGGAAGUUGUGGACUUCCUCAGACUUCCUCACUUCUUAAAAAGGAGGAAUGCAUGGAGGGAGGAGGAACGGGAGAAAAAGCUUCAAGACAUUGAAAAUCUGAAGAAGUUUCUUCUCAGUAAGAAACCCCACGUGGUGGCUGUUGCUGGUGAAAAUCGUGAUGCACACAUGCUGAUGGAGGACAUCAAGCGCACAGUCAGUGAGUUGGAGCAAGACUCAUCUCUGCCUGCUGUGGGAGUCGAGCUUGUGGACAACGAGUUAGCUACACUGUAUAUGAACAGCAGAAAGUCUGAGGCGGACUUUAGGGACUACCCUCCCCUUCUUCGCCAGGCUGUGUCCGUGGCUCGCAAGAUUCAGGACCCUCUUGUGGAGUUUGCUCAGGUGUGCAGCAGCGAUGAGGACAUCCUGUGCCUUAAACUGCAUCCGCUACAGGAGCAUGUUGUGAAGGAGGAGCUGCUCAGUGCACUUUACUGUGAGUUUAUUAACCGUGUGAAUGAAGUUGGUGUAGAUGUGAACAGGGCCAUUGCUCAUCCUUACAUGCAGAGCCUGGUUCAAUAUGUCUGUGGCUUAGGACCAAGAAAAGGCUCACAUCUGCUCAAAAUUCUUAAACAAAACAACAGUCGUUUGGAAAACCGGACGCAGUUGGUCACAAUGUGCCAUAUGGGACCUAAAGUGUUUAUCAACUGUGCUGGAUUUAUCAAAAUCGACACCGCUUCCCUCGGAGACAGCACCGACUCCUACAUUGAAGUUCUAGAUGGCUCUCGUGUUCAUCCUGAGACUUACGAGUGGGCUCGUAAAAUGGCUGUGGAUGCCCUGGAGUAUGAUGAGUCUGCAGAAGAUGCAAAUCCUGCAGGAGCUUUGGAGGAGAUCCUGGAGAACCCAGAGAGGCUUAAGGACCUGGACCUGGAUGCAUUUGCUGAGGAGUUGGAGAGACAGGGUUACGGCAAUAAGGGAAUCACACUGUAUGAUAUCCGUGCUGAACUCAGCUGUAGGUAUAAAGACCUGCGAGCCCCAUACCGACCUCCAAACACAGAGGAGGUCUUUAACCUGCUCACUAAGGAGACCCCUGAGACCUUCUAUAUCGGUAAACUAAUCACCAGUGUCGUAACUGGCAUCGCUCACAGACGGCCUCAAGGGGAAAGUUAUGACCAGGCCAUCCGUAAUGAUGAGACUGGACUAUGGCAGUGUCCCUUUUGCCAACAGGACAACUUUCCUGAGCUCAGUGAGGUCUGGAAUCACUUUGACAGCGGCUCCUGUCCUGGACAGGCUAUUGGUGUGAGAACUCGUCUAGAUAAUGGUGUCAUGGGUUUCAUCCCCACCAAGUUCCUCUCAGACAAGGUGGUUAAGCACCCGGAGGAGAGGGUCAAGGUUGGCAUGACUGUUCACUGUCGUAUCAUGAAGAUUGACAUUGAGAAGUUCAGCGUGGACCUUACCUGUAGGACAUCUGACCUCAGUGACAAGAACAAUGAGUGGAAGCUUCCCAAGGACACCUACUAUGAUUUUGAUGCAGAAGCUGAGGAUGUCAAACAAGAUGAAGAGCAUAAGAAGAAACAACAAAGGACCACUUAUAUCAAGCGUGUUAUUGCCCACCCAUCGUUCCACAACAUUAACUUCAAGCAGGCAGAGAAGAUGAUGGAGACGAUGGAUCAGGGUGAUGUGGUGAUCAGGCCGAGCAGUAAAGGGGAGAACCACCUGACUGUCACCUGGAAGGUAGCUGACGGGAUCUACCAGCAUGUGGACAUACGGGAGGAGGGCAAGGAGAACGCCUUCAGCUUGGGACACACACUGUGGAUUAACACUGAGGAGUUUGAAGAUCUUGAUGAAAUCACAGCCCGUUACGUGCAGCCCAUGGCUGCUUUUGCUCGGGAUCUGCUCGGCCACAAGUACUUCCAAGACUGCAACGGUGGAGAUAGGAAGAAAAUGGAGGAGAUCCUCAUAAAGGCAAAGAAAGAGAAGCCCACUUUUAUCCCCUACUUUGUUUCGGCCUGCAGAGACUUGCCUGGAAAGUUCCUCCUAGGAUACCAGCCUAGAGGGAAGCCAAGGAUAGAGUAUGUGACCAUCACUCCAGAUGGGUUCAGGUAUCGCUCCCAAAUAUUCCCCACAGUGAAUGGACUCUUCCGCUGGUUUAAAGACCACUACCAGGAGCCUGUGCCAGGAGUAACGCCCAGCAGUAGCAGCAGAAUGCGCACACCAGCAUCUGUGAAUGCAACUCCAGCCAACAUUAACUUUGCAGACUUAACUCGGGCUGUCAACGCUUUGCCCAGGAAUGUGACAUCACAGAUGUUUAAUGCUAUAGCAGCAGUAACAGGGCAGGGCCAAAAUCCUAACACUACUCCAGCACAGUGGGCCUCGAGCCAGUACGGUUACAGCGGAGGCAGCAGUGCAGGAGGAGGAGGCAGCAGCAGUGCUUAUCACGUGUUUGCAACACCACAGCAGCCUAUGGCGACACCCAUGAUGACACCCAGCUACUCAUACACUACCCCUGGCCAACAGCAGACCAUGAGCACACCACAAUAUCCCAGCAGCACACCGCAGUCCUCCCACAGCCAUCACCAACACCCUUCAUCCACACCUUCGUCAUCCUCCUCGUCAUCCAGGGUUCGGACGCCACAGCCAAAACCAUCCAGUCACACAGCUGUGGAUUGGGGUAAAAUGGCUGAACAGUGGCUGCAGGAGAAGGAGGCUGAGAGACGCAAGAAGGCAACUCGCAUGACGCCACGGCCCUCGCCGAGCCCCAUGAUCGAGAGCACACCGAUGUCCAUCGCCGGAGACGCCACGCCACUGCUGGAUGAGAUGGACCGAUAGAUGUUAACACAUCCUCAUUGCAAACACAAAGCCUCCACGUUCAUUUCAUCUCCAUGUCUCUCUCUCAUCGUGUGCUUUCUUAUUUGCUCAGUCUUUCACUGCUCGAAGUGUUUGAUUUUGAAAAGCAGUCAUUCAGAACUAAUGAGACAAACUCUACAGAAAUGACAAACUAAUUCAGGAAAUGGACCUGUGAUGACGUUUCUCUCUUUUUUUUUUCUUUCUUUUAGAAAGGAGCACAGGUGUGCUCCCUGUAUUUCUAUUUCUGUUGAGGUUUUAAUAAGAGCUAAAAGUUAAGACUCUGAAUAAAAACACAUGGUGGACGGGCUCUUUGGCAUUGCUGCUCGUGUUGAGUUGUGAGAGCUGGCUAAUUCAGACCUGCUUCACUAAAUGGAGAGCUGUUCACUUUUUAUAUAAUGCAUCCUAAUAAAUAAAACUGACCUGUGGUAUCAGCCUCAAUGCUGUGAUACAGACGCUGCGACAGUUUAACAGGGAUGUUGGAAAUGAGUUACAGAACCAUGUAAUAGGGUGAGGUGUUCAUUACAAGAUGCACUUAGAGCAGUGUUAAUAUUUUAUGUUGUCAAAGACAGCAUUAAGAAGAGAUAAGCCCGGAAAAGCAGUCUUGAUACCAGUUUCCUCUUUACUGAAAAUCUUUGAUGCAUAAUGCGUAUAAAGGCCCAUGUUGGAAUAUGUUAUCAGAAGCUUUACUGAUUUAAGCUUCUGUGGUACUUUGAUACUUAUGAGUAUGUGUUAAAAGUUUACUGUAAUACUUUCUGAUGAAAUGUUUUGGGGCCAUAAAUGAAAUCUUGCUUUCCCCCAAUUUUAUGAGUUAGUUCUUUGAAUUUAUUCAUUUUGUCACAUAAAUGUGGUCGACUUUGCUGUGCUUCAGCUCAGCUAGAUAUUAAUUCUUGUUCAUGAGCAUAUUUUGUGACUGCAAUAAUUUUUUUUCCUCAUCAAAGCCAGACUUUAAUUGGUUUUCCACAGGCGCAUUUUCUUCAUAAUUUCUGUAUCCUGUCUUACCCAACACAAUGCUGAGAAAUCUGCAUUAAUUUCAACUAUUAAUCAUCAAUCCUGGUGUGACAAUUUCCUUAUAUACUGUGACCGUUUUAAAUCUUCCUGUUAAACCUAGUCUGUUCAUUUUAGUUUUAUCAAUUAAUGAAAAGAUUUUUUUUUUUUUUUUUUAAUAGUUUGUCUUUAUUUUCCCUGAAGCUGCCUAGUAGUGUAGUCAUUCCUUUAUUCCUAUUAUUGAAUUCUGGGGAAAAGACUGUUUUUUUUUGUUUUUUUUUUCUGCCGCCGUAUGCUCUGUACAGGGGUUGGGUCAUGUGGGUAUAGUGUGACCUUAAUGGCAGGAAGUGAAUGCGAAUGAAUGUGAAUGCUGUUCAGUAUAAUUCACUGCUGAGAUCAUGUUCAUUUCUUUUCUUUGAUAAAAUUCUUAAAAGCAAAACACCGAGCUGAUUCACUGGUUUCAUUAUAGACAUCGUAUGACACAGUGAGUGUUGCGUGUCACCAAAAGGAGCAGACGUUGCAUUGUGAAGCUCCUGUGUUAUUAGUGUUUGACAAUGUUUAAGGCAAGACACGACAGCUGAAUAGGAAUUUUUUUUUUUUAAACAAUAGAUAUUACAAUCAAUCUUUGCCAGUUGAUUACUGAUGGUCUUUGAAGUAUUUUUGUCUUGGAAAACUUUCAAGAAAACAUGAAUUUAUUUGGGGUUUCUUCUAAUUAAAUAUGCAUACAUUUGCAUACUAUAUAAAACCAAAAAUCUAGUCUUUGCAUGAUGUUAGAAUUCAUUUCACUGUGAACACACUUCAGAGGAAAAACAACAAAUCAUUUUGUUGGAAUAUCAUUUAUGUACUGUUUAAUCAAUAAAAUACUAUACACUGUUACAGAAAUGGUUUUAUAUGCCAUUUUUCAGUUAAAUCUAUCAUAAAUCCAACAUUUAUCAACAUUUUGAGAAAUUCCUGUGUAAUAAGCUAAAUAGGAAUAUGAAUGUGCGUGUAAAAUGUGAAUACAGGUAGUCUAAAAACUGGCAAUGUUGGUUCUGAACAAUUUUUGAGAAAAACGGUUAAAAAUAAAUGUGAUUUUAUGUACUUC